CCGAUCCACAAACUGUGAAGACCCUCCAUUCUUUGACAAUCCUGACUGUGGAGGUCUCGUCUCGUCUCUCGUGAGCACUUGAUAAAGCAGGUCUUUUUAACUCUGGAUUUGGUAAUUAAUUAGAAUGAGAUCGAGGGAAGGAUCCUUUCUUUGGUUAAGUGUUACCAGUGUUGCGUAGCAAAUGUGUUAAAAGCUGGGUUGUGAAUUGGGGUUUGAUUACCGUGACCAUAUAUAUUAUGGUAGCUGCAUUGUCUUAGCAUCCAAGGGAUUGUUGCUGCUUCUGAUAAUAUUACACCAUAGUCCAUAAACAUAAAUAUUUUGUAUGAAAUUAUAAUCCACAUUAAUUUAAAAUUUUAUCUAAUUGUCUUAUAUUAAUGUGUCGUCAAUCGUCAUCAAUGAAACACUUUGAAUUGGCAUUUCGGCGACAUAGUCUCUAACAACAACCCCGCCGUCUGCUUUUGCCGGACCACCGCAUCUAUUUUCUCCACCAACACCGCUCCUACGAUCCUCUCGUAACCUCCUCCACCACCGUUCGCCACGUAAUCAACCAGCGCCGCCUGCACUGGUCCCAUAUACGCCGCCGAUUCCCAUAUACGAAUCGGUGAUCAGGAUUUUGAUAUCAGGAGCGUCGCGGUUCAUCUACAAAGUAUGCCCUCUGGUUGCAGUAUCAGAGCUCUCUGGAUCAUCAACAACAAUCAGGACAAUGUUGUCUUCUCCAGGAGGUUCCCAGUCGUCGAGAAGCAAUGGUGCUCCUCCGCUUACAAGUCCAAANGAAACGAAAGCACUGACUUAGAUCUUCCUAGACUCCCCACCGAUCAGCAACUCUCCAAUGCUUUCACUCGAAGAAAGAGACAGGAAGGCUCUACUCGUGGAUACGGCAUACGUGUAGCUCAAUCGACUAAAGGAUCAGAUUCUUGGGUUGAUGAUCCCAUCGCUCGUCAUAUUAUCAGCCUUUGUUUAAGCCAAGAAGAUGGUGAUGAUGAUGAUGAUGAUGAAUCUAACGAGCAGAACAUUCUCUGGCCCAUUGCUCUCCACACCAAAUCCUUUUACUCCAUCCUCGUUUUGCCUUUGGUUGACCCAAGGGAGAUGAAGGAUUACCUCAACUUAUCUAGGAGAUCUGACUGUGGUCCAGCCGUUGGUGAAGAUUUCAGUUUGUCGUCUCUCUUGCUUAACAUUUCCUCCAUCACUGGGGCUUUCAUGGUGGCUCAUGCAUUUGGUGACAUCAUUUCUGGUGAUACAGUUGAACCUGAGGUUGUUGUGAGUGCCUCACCGUCAGUUGGGGGGUUGUUUGAUUCACUCACUGGAAGCAUUGGUAUCUCAUCCAGGGCAAAACCUGUUGCUGCUCCUCUUGCAUCUUCUUCCCCGUCUGGAGCUGCAACAUCUGGAUCUACAGCCUCGGAUGCUCCCAAAUCAGGGUCUAGGUUACUCGAUAGAGAUUUGCUUAGGAAUUUUAUCGCUAGUGCUAUGCCGUUUGGUACCCCAUUAGACCUCAGCUUGUCUAAUAUUUUUGCUAUGAAGGCGAAUGGCUUUUCCUCUGCUGAUCCUCCUCCCCAGGAACUUAAGCAACCAGCAUGGAAGCCAUACUUGUACAAAGGAAAGCAAAGGCUAUUGUUCACAAUUCAUGAGACCGUGAACGCUGCAAUGUACGACCGCGAUGAGAUUCCUGAUAAUGUAUCUGUUGCCGGACAGAUAAACUGUCGGGCAGAGCUAGAAGGGCUGCCUGACGUAUCGUUUCCUCUAGCAGGGCUGAGUACAGCCCACAUCGAAGCUAUAUCUUUCCAUCCAUGUGCCCAAGUGCCAGCACAUGGGAUUGACAAGCAGAACAUUGUUUUCCAGCCUCCCUUGGGUAACUUUGUUCUCAUGCGAUACCAGGCAGGUUGUGGACUCGGACCACCAGUGAAAGGGUUCUAUCAGCUAUCAAUGGUCUCAGAAGACGAGGGUGCAUUCCUCUUCAAGGUCCGCCUCAUGGAUGGUUACAAGUCUCCUCUGUCAAUGGAAUUUUGCACUAUCACUAUGCCCUUUCCACGGAGACGGAUAGUGGCAUUUGAUGGGACUCCGUCAGCUGGGACUGUUUUAACCACAGAGCACUCUGUUGAGUGGAGGAUUCUGGGCAGCGGACGUAGUCUUUCUGGAAAAAGCCUUGAAGCAACUUUCCCUGGGACAAUCAAAUUUAGCCCACUGCAGAGCAAGAGGAGAGGGGAUGGGGAUGAAGAAGAGAGCGAGUGCGAGGGUGCAGAGAAUGUGGUGAACGUGGAGGACUUCUUGGUGGAGAAAAUGAACAAGGAUCUACCAGCAGUCGAGUUGGAGGAACCGUUCUGCUGGCAAGCAUAUGACUAUGCCAAGGUCUCAUUCAAGAUAGCCGGGGCAUCUGUAUCACGAAUGUCAAUCGACACAAAAUCAGUCAAUAUCUACCCAACCACAAAGUCGCCGGUUGAGUAUUCUGCUCAGGUGACAUCAGGGGAUUAUAUAUUGUGGAACACAUUAGGGAAGGCUCCAUCUGCAGCCGUCUUGUAAAACCGCCAAGUCUCUUGUUCUUCACUGGUGUUUUAUUUUCUCAUCCCAGAGGAAGUGCGAUUUGUUUGUCUGUUUCUCGAGUGUGAAAUUUUUAAAUGUAUGAGAAUUUUUUUUAUUUUUUGCCGCGGAAGUGGAUAUUGUUGUUUCUUAAAGAUAAAAGAAGAUUGAAUGUUUUUACUUUA